AUAAAAACUACCUAAGUAGUAAUACAUAUACGGGGAUGUGAAAUAUGGCGUCCCCCAGGGUAAAACAAUGGCACAAUCUAGCUCUAGUGUGUGUGUUUAUAUGUGUUAUUGGACAAGUCCAGGGGCAGGUCCUCACUCCCAACCUCAGAGAGGAGAAUGGCAAGGCUAGGAGGGAGCAGCACAUCUUACAGAACAUUCGCGAGGAGGUGGCGACCAUGGUACAGAAGGUUCGCGCGGAGACAGUCCUCCCCGCUCUUGCCUCGUACAGUAUACAGCUUUACGAACUGACAGAGAACCUAACCAGGAUCACCAAUUCAUUCACAAACCUAUCUACAGUGAUAGAGGAACUUCAACAACAUAUUGAAAAUCGCAGUGUUGAACUGAGCUGUCCAUCUCAGUCCUGGGUAAUGCACGAGAAUCGCUGUUACUUUUACAGUACGAGUGUGGGCUCUUGGGCGGAUGCCAGGGGAGGAUGUCAAUCUUUGAAUGCUAUGAUGGCUGAGGCAACAACGAGGUCAAUCAACGAAUUCCUGAAGGCACAAGCAAGCUUAAAAGGUGGCAGUUAUUGGAUAGGGGGACAUGACAUCUCAGUGGAAUCCAGAUGGGAAUGGAACACAAAUGGUGCCAAUAUCGGGUACACGGACUGGGGUCCGGACCAGCCAAACGACGUCCGGUUAGGACAGGACUGCCUGGAACUGCUGGAGAAGUUUCAGUGGCAAUGGAAUGAUCGUGAGUGCACGAGGGUGCAGGCAUAUAUUUGCGAAACUGCAGCUCGGUAUCGCCCUACAUAACCAUUGAAUAUCCUCCCACAGAACAGCAUUGCCAAGCCAAAUGGGUUUUGGAAAUAUGAAAUUAAAUAUGAAGUAUGACGAAGAGACCUUUCGAAGACGAAACUCCUUCAGUCGAAUACGAGUCGAAUGCUCUGAAAGGUGGGAAUUGCCCCUAUGUGACCUCUCAGGAUUUCCAUACAGUUAACGCAAUACGAAUCCAUGCAUGUAACACAAUUAUAUAACUAUUGUGUUAAGACCUUAAAAGGUAAACAUUGAAGUUGUUUUAAAACUGUUUCAUACCAUCAUGUAGAUGGAUACAACAGAUAAAAGUGUAUAGUGUUGCUAAAUAGACAAUUACAGAAACUCAAGAUAAUUUUAGGAUUUUCAUGUUUGUAUUUGACAAUUGUGCCGAUUUCGUGAAACUAACUAUAUCCAUGAAGCGAAUAACCUUAUUAUGUUAUCCUAUAUCGAUCAGAACAAGACAUGACGACGGACGUACUUAAAAGAACAUGGCAAAGUAUAGGAGAUCGUUGGACCUCAUCACUAGGGAUAUAACAAUAUAGAAAAGGAGAAUAUACUACCUGUUUAGAACAUAUUAUCUUUCAUUCAUAUUUGAUAAGAGGUAGGAAAAUAUUGUUUAUAUUUCUACGUUAAUUGGUAUAUUUGAAUAAUUAUUUUAAUACCAUUUAAGCCGUUAACCUUUAUGUGGGUUUACAGUAUUUUUAAUGUUAACACCACAAUUGAUGUCCUGACUCUUUAAACAAUGGUAAAGCGAUCAAGAAAAACAAAAAUUCAAAACGUCAGGCAAACAAAAAUCCAUUGGUUGUCAAUAUUUUAUUACAAAAAUUGAACAGAUAUAGAUCGAGAUAUAGGGUGUUUAACGAUUCUACAGACAGAUAGACCCAUCCCCUAUAUACAUGCCCUUAAUCCCAAAUCACAGAUGACUUAAUUCAAGGCGACAGGUGUUAAUGGAAGUUUUUUUACCUGUAAAAUAAAACAAGAUCAAUAGUACUUAUCUAA